GCUUUGAGAAGCUGCGUGGAGCUCCGAAGUUGGAGCAAGGAGGCCACCGAAAGCACUGCCAUCCUGGCUGCUUCCUUCCUGGCCUAUGCCGAGGACCAGCAGCCCGAUGCUUUGAAAGCCUGGACCUCGCUCCUCUUGAACUCCAUGGAGGAAGCUGGAGUUGCUGCGUCUCUGGACGAAGAUGAAAGUUUAGCGACUGUGGCGGAGAAGGCGGUGGUUCAGCUGGUGAAGCACGGGCUUCUGCAAGCCAGGCAGAAGAGAUCGGAAGUUGGUGAUCCUGUUUGGGGCUUCUUGCCUGAGGACCAGGAAUGGCACCCUGCUGUGGUGGAGGCGAUUCUGCCCAGCGGGCGUUUGAAGCUGAUUUUCAUCGAGUACGGCAAGCCGCAGGAGGCCAGCGAGGAAGAGAUCCGUGCACUGACGGAAGUUGCAGACGAGGGAGAUGCCGGCGAGGGCGAAUGCCAGAUGUGCGAGCGUGAUCUUAAGCUGACGUUCCACCACUUGAUCCCCAAGGACAAGCACCCCACCUACCUUGGCAAGCGAUUGCCAAAUGGCGUUGAGGGCUUGGAGCUCAUUUGUCAGCCAAAGCCCUCCAAGCUCUGCCUCGGCUGA